AUGAAGAAGCUCCUCCCGGCCACGCCCCGGGAGCUCCCCCUGGGACAGAAGCCGCAAACUCUGUUCCCCUUGAUGGAGAUGGAAGGAGCCCCCUUUGCCUGCCAGUGGAAGGCCCCCAGCCUGGGCGUUCCCGCCAGCCCGGAGAAGAAUGGCAGAGGCAGGGAGGCAGGGGAAGAUGAGGCCAAGGAGGCCCGGCCGUCCCAGGGUGGGUGUGUCAAGGCCUCCUGCAGGAGGGAGCCCCAGGCACUGGUUGUGGAGGACCCCGCGGAGCCGGGCAAGAGCCUCUCACGGCUGGGCAUUGGCACAGGGUGCAGGGUAGCUGCCGAGGAGGAGCCCCUUCUUUCAAGUAAACCCACCUGCCCUGCCAGGAACCGGGACCGCUCUGCCGACGUCAUUGAUUACAUUGUGAAAGAGCUGCGAGGAAUAAGCCGCAUUCAGACCGAGAUUGCGGAGCUUCAGCAGCACCUGACCUUGAUCAAGGGGUCGGUGGACGAAGUCUCCACCUGCGUGGACUCCGUCUUGAGCGAGAUCGAGGGCCUGCAGAGCAGCGGAGGAACCGCCACCAAAACUUCCGCUGUGCUGAGAGGGCCCGGAGCCUUGGUCGGCGCCCCCACCAAGGAGCCGGUCUUGUACUUUUACGGCAUCCCUGAGCAGGAGGGGGAGAACACGAAGGACCUCGUCUGCCGCUUCCUGUCCGAGUAUCAUUGCUUCAACGGCCUCCAGCGCAGCAAGAACAUCAAGGAGGCUUACAGAUCGGGGGCUUCCACGGGGGUCCCGUUUGCGCCUCGCCCGGCUGUUGUGAAACUCGCCACGGCCGAGCACCGAGACUUCAUCCUCCAGAAGUCCAUCCUCUUGCAGGACGCAGGAAUAACCAUUGCUGAGCAGCACAGCCCAGUGAGUCUCGGUGGGCAGCUGGCUGUGUUGCCGUCCUCUGGCCAGAGACACCAGCCCUGGGACUUCCCCAACCCUCAGGGAGACAGAGGGGGAAGGGAUGGGGGCGUUCAGCUGCAGAAGGACUCCUGCCAGGCUCAACGCCAGAAGCAAAGCCACGAGAACCACCCGCUUCACGAGAAGGCCAGCUUGCCACAAAAGUCCACUCUGGCCAAGAAGAGCAGCUUAAUUUCUGAACUUGAGGAAAAGGUGGGGAGGGUCGUACAGAUCAUCAGCAGCAACGAGCAGACGUUGCACAAAAACCACACUCCCGCCUGCGUCUCUGAAGCCCCCCAGAAGCUGCUGGAGGUCUCAAAAAGCCACAUGGGGAAGUCCUGGCCUUUGGGGGAACUCUUAAACCUCAGGGGCUUGGAAGCCGCUCCCGAGAAAGGAAGGGGCCACGGCUCAGAGGCUGAGAACGUGGCCAAGGACCCCUCCCCCUCUCCCACAGGUGUGGGCAAAGCAGGAGGGCCGGUUUCAGGGCCGAGGGAGGCCGACUGUCAGAGUCUCAGUCCUGAGCAGGUCAAGCUGGAGGAGGAGGAGAAGGAGGAGGAGGAGGAGGCACCCCACAAGGACGGGAUCCUGCCGGGCUGUGAGGCCGCCAUGCAGAAGUUAAUGGGCAGCAGCGAAACGCUCAAGGACAUGAUCGAGAUCGAGCUGAACGAGCAGGAUCCCACCGAUCACGUCUUCCGGGACGUCUUGGAGAACUCCCAGUUCUUCCUCCAGCAUUCGCAGGGCAACGUCGACCUGGUGGACAUGAGGUUCUACACCAACAAGCUGGGCAAAGCGCUCAACCACUUCCGCUCCGCCCUGCAGGUGGUCUUCCACAAGUUGGAGACGCCCGACUCGGAGGCCGUCCUCGGAGGGGACCAGGGCUUCCCUGGGGCAAGCGAGCCGGUGUCGGAGGCGCACACCAGCCUGGAGACGGUGGCCGAGACCCCGCCCAGCCUAUCUUCGGACAGCCCAGCCAACACGGCCGUGAGCAGCGACAGUGUGGGCUCCCCGCAGAGGAGCCUCCCGAGCGCUUCCCCCUCUGUCGAGGAGGCCCCUGCCCUCCCUGCGGUGGUCCCCGCGGACUCCGGGGGUUGUGCGGUUCAGCCCUUCCCCGCUGAGCCUGCCCAGCCGGCGGACCCUCCUGAGCAGAGGCCCCUGAGCCUGGAGAAGGUGUGUGCGGAGACCAUUUACUUGAACAAAUGCAUCAGCAACUUCAAAAACGUCCUGAGGGAGAAAAGGGAAAUGCGCCGGAGGUGCUUGAAGGAUCUGGCCCAGGAGCCCAGCUGGACUUCGGCCGAGGAGACGCCUGCAGAAAGAAGUAGAGGAGACCUUCAGGCCAGCGGGCGGCCUGUACGGCAUCGACAGCAUGCCCGAUCUACGGCAGAAGAAGCCCCUCCCCCUCGUCAGUGACCUGUCGCUGGUGCAGUCACGGAAGGCAGGCAUCACCUCGGCCAUGGCCACCCGGACGUCGCUCAAGGACGAAGAGCUGAAGUCCCACGUGUACAAGAAGACCCUCCAGGCCUUAAUCUACCCCAUCUCCUGCACCACGCCCCAUACCUUUGAGGUGUGGACUGCCACGACCCCCACCUACUGCUACGAGUGCGAGGGGCUUCUGUGGGGCAUUGCCCGCCAAGGGAUGCGCUGCGUGGAAUGUGGGGUCAAGUGCCACGAGAAGUGCCGAGACCUGCUCAACGCCGACUGCCUGCAGAGUGAGUUGCCCUCCAAUGAGUGCCACAACUCCUCCGAUCGGAUCAAAGUGCGCGUCUGGGACGAAGACGACGACAUCAAGUCCCGGGUGAAGCAGCGGCUGAAGAGGGAAUCGGACGACUUUUUGGGCCAGACCAUCAUUGAAGUCCGGACGCUGAGCGGAGAGAUGGACGUCUGGUACAACCUGGAAAAGCGGACAGACAAAUCGGCCGUCUCGGGCGCCAUUCGGCUGCAGAUCAGCGUGGAGAUCAAAGGCGAAGAGAAGGUGGCUCCUUAUCACGUCCAGUACACCUGCCUUCAUGAGGCAUUUUGCGUGUCUUUCAUCCAAGUACAUGUGUCCCGGAGUGCCUGCUGUCAUGAGCACCUUGCUGGCCAACAUCAAUGCCUACUAUGCCCACACCACGGCCUCCACCCAGGUCUCCGCCUCCGACCGCUUCUCGGCCUCAAACUUUGGGAAGGAGAGGUUCGUGAAAUUGCUGGACCAGCUGCACAAUUCCCUCCGGAUUGACCUCUCCAUGUACAGGGUCCAGGAGCUGCAGAGCCCCCCUCGUGCCAGCCAGGUGGUCAAGGGCUGCGUCAGGGCCUGCCUCAACUCCACCUAUGAGUACAUCUUCAACAACUGCCACGAGUUGUACAGCCGGGAGUAUCAGGUGGACCAGAACAAAGCACAGGAGUUGCCCCCCGAGGAGCAGGGCCCCAGCGUGAAGAACCUGGACUUCUGGCCCAAACUCAUCACGCUCAUCGUCUCCAUCGCGGAGGAGGACAAGAACUCCUACGCCCCCGUCCUCAACCAGUUUCCCCAAGAACUGGCGGUGGGCAAGAUAAGUGCGGAAGUCAUGUGGAACCUCUUCGCUCAGGACAUGAAAUACGCCAUGGAAGAGCACGAGAAGCACCGGCUGUGCAGGAGCGCUGACUACAUGAACCUCCACUUCAAGGUGAAGUGGCUUUACAACGAAUACCUCUGCAGCCUGCCAGCCUUCCAGGGCACCGUGCCUGAGUACCCAGCGUGGUUUGAGCCCUUUGUGGUACAGUGGCUGGAUGAGAACGAAGACGUCUCGAUGGAAUUCUUGCACGGCGCUCUGGAGCGAGACAAGAAGGACGGGCUGGACCCCGAGGCCAGCGACUCCCUGAAGGAGCUGCAGGUGAAGCUGAACAACGUCCUGGAUGAGCUCAGCACCACCUUCGGAAACAGUUUCCAGCCCCGCAUCGAGGAGUGUGUGAAGCAGAUGUCGGAGAUCCUGGGCCAGGUCAAGGGGGCUGGGAACAGCGGCCCCAACACUACAGCCCAAGACGCAGACAACGUCCUGAGGCCUCUGAUGGACUUCCUGGACGGAAACCUGACCCUCUUUGCCAACGUCUGUGAGAAGACGGUGCUGAAGCGGCUGCUGAAGGAUCUCUGGCGGGUUGUGAUGGACACCCUGGAGAGGCUGAUUGUGCUGCCCCCCCUCACGGAUCACACGGGGACCCAGCUGAUUUUCAGUGCCGCUAAAGAACUGGGCCAUUUAUCCAAGCUGAAGGAUCACAUGGUCCGGGAGGAAGCGCGGAACCUCAGCCCCAGGCAGUGCGAUGUGCUGGAACUGGCCCUGGACACCAUUAAAACCACCGACACCCUCAUCAAGACCUUCGUCCAGACACAGACGGCACAAGGCUCCGAAGCGGAGGGCCCCGUGGGCGAAGUCUCCGUCCAGGUCGAUCUCUACACGCACCCAGGCAGCGGGGAGCACAAGGUCACAGUGAAAGUGGUGGCUGCCAAUGACCUGAAGUGGCAAACCAGCGGCAUGUUCCGGCCCUUCGUGGAGGUCACCAUGAUUGGACCACACCAAAGCGACAAGAAGCGGAAAUUCACCACCAAGUCCAAGAGCAACAACUGGGCCCCCAAGUACAACGAGACCUUCCACUUCGUCCUGGGCAACGAGGACGGGCCGGACGCCUACGAGCUGCAGGUGUGCCUGAAGGACUACUGCUUUGCCCGUGAGGACCGGGUGCUGGGCAUCGCCGUGCUGCAGCUGCGGGAGGUGGUGGAGAAGGGCAGCUGUGCCUGCGGGUGCCCCCUGGGCCGGAGGAUCCACAUGGACGACACGGGGAUGACCAUCCUGAGGAUCCUCUCGCAAAGGACCAACGACGAAGUGGCCAAGGAGUUUGUCAAGCUCAAGUCCGAGUCCCGCUCCCCGGAAGAGGGGAGGUGAUCCCGGUCUCCGUCUCGGACUGCUUGGGCCAGACGCACACGGAGCAGCAGUGGCAGCAGCUGCCCCCGUUUCCCCUGGGCGCCCCGGGAGGCGCUUGGGAGCCCCUGUGACACCUUCCUUGCCAAGGGGGUCUCUGGGAUGGAUCGGGCCUGGGGGGGGACGGGGACAAGGACCCCUUCCUGCUCCAGCAGCUGUGCACAAGGAGUGGGGGCAACAUGUGCCCUCCAGGGGGAGGGACAUCCAACCGAAGACCCGGCCCCACAUUCCCGCCACUCGGGCAAGCCGCAGGCAGGCAGGGAAGGGGCUCCUGAGCCCAGCUGAGCCUUGACUGGGCCGUGACGAGGGUCUCAGGGUCUGGGAAGGGCGCUCGCCUGGAGAGGCCGGCGGAUGGAGCCGCGGAGGGCCGUUGGCGCCUCGUCCUCUUCCGAGAGUUGCUUGGCCUCAGUGGCCGUGGGGCAAAAGGACGGGGCGUGGCCUGGUGCGAGCUCUGCUGUCCUCCGUUGCGGGCGAGAGGAGGGGGCUUCCCUUUUCCUCUUGACCUUCCACAGCUUCUCGGUCUUUCUCAGAACGCUUCUAGGCGCUGCGUAGCUGUUGUGGGUACGUGUGAUACAAAAGUGCUGUUUCCACCCCCCUUGAAUGUGCCACCGUUGCAGGAAGUGUAGCCUUGAAUAAAGGACUGUUAGCGGCA